AUGACAACAGACAAUAAAACUUUAUCUAGCAUUGCUAGUAAAAUGAGUGUUGGAAAUUUCCGUGGAAAUAUUGAUCCAUUUAUAAUCGAUAAAGACGAUUUUGAACAAUAUGCAGAUCGAUUAAAGCAUAUUUUUGUGUUAAAUGCUAUUGGUGAAUCUGUGGCAGAGGAGAAGCAAAAAGUGUCAAUUUUUGUGUCUUUUGUGGGAGCUGAUUUAUACAAAAUCCUCCGGACAUUGAUUGCCCCAAAAUCAGAAUGGGAUUUCUCCUAUGACGAGCUAAUUAAAAUAAUGAAGCAGUACUUUAAACCAAAAUUGAACGUGAGAGCCGAGCGUUUUAAAUUCAUGUCUCGGAGACUAAAAGAUGGUGAAACUUUACAAGACUUUGUAGUGGAGCUGAAUUCUAUUGCCGAAAACUGCGAAUAUGGUGCCUUUUUGGAUCAGGCACUGUCUGACAAGUUCAUUUGGUCUCAAAGAAGUUCCGAUAUCCAGCGAAAACUUCUCAAUGAACCAUUAAAUAAAACAUUUAAUGAAAUAUUUGAGUCUGCACAAACAAUGGAAUCAACUCAGAAGGAUGUGAAAGAUAUUCAGUCGACUCUUCCGUCUAUGAAUAUACAUGGUGACCAGAAUUGGAUUGGGAGAGGCAAAUUUAGAAUGGGAAAUUCUAACCAUCGACGCAUCGCCUCGAGAAGCAAAGCAAGAAACCACGAUCAAGAUGGUAAUCGUGCAUCAUCACGACCAAGAAGGUCCAACGAGAAAGUCACGUGCUUUCGAUGUCAAAAAGAAGGGCAUUAUGCAUAUGACUGUGGUAACAAUAGAGUAAGGCAUUCAAAUACUAACAAUAGAUAUAGAAAUAAAAAUUAUAAAAAAGUCAAUCACGUUGAUGGUGAACAACAAAUGUUAUCGAAUUUAACUUUAGGUAAUGUUACAAUAAAUUCCUUAAGUUCCGAAUAUUUAGAACCACUUAUUAUUUCAUUAAAAGUAAACAAUAUUAAUAUAAAUAUGGAGGUUGAUUCUGGUGCCUGUCUUUCUAUACUCUCUGAACGCAUGUACUUGAAGUUGUUUAAAAAUUGCAGAUUAAAGCCCUUUGAUAAAACUCUUAAUGUCAUUACAGGUGAAAAUGUUGUUGUUGUUGGAGCUGUUGAGGUUGCUGUAAAUGGUUUGUUUGAUGAUAAAAUAUACUGCCUGGAUUUGGUUGUGGUUAGAACCAAGAAGGAUUUUACUCCUCUUUUGGGUAGAAAUUGGCUAAACACCCUUUUUACAAAAUGGAGGAAUCAUUUUAAGGUAAAUAGCAUUAGUCCAUCUCGUGAUGAGAUCAAAAACGAAAUUUUGAAAGCUUUUCCACAAGUUUUCGAUAACAAUUAUUAUGGAAUAAUUAGGGAUCACGUUGCAGAGAUUGUGCUUGAUGUUAAUGCAUCACCUAUUUUUCAUAAACCAUAUACGGUUCCAUAUGGAUUACGUGAAAAGGUUGAGAAAGAGCUGGGAAGGCUUGUGGAAGUAGGCAUCUUGAAACCAGUUAGGUUCAGCGAGUGGGCCACACCAAUUGUGGUUGUAGAAAAAAAAGAUGGAACCAUACGAAUCUGUAUGGAUUGUAAGUCGACCAUAAACAGGUAUGUUAGGGCUGAUCAUUACCCGAUUCCGCGAAUCGACGACAUAUUGUCUUGUUUUGGAGGUUGUUCCUUCUUUUGCAUACUUGAUUUAGCUGGGGCGUUCCAGCAAGUUGCACUUUCAGAGCAGUCGCAAAAGUAUGUUACAAUCAACACUGAUAAGGGUUUGUUUCAAUACACUAGGCUUCCAUUUGGAGUUAAAAGUGCACCCUCCAUUUUUCAGUGUGUGAUAGAUGAUAUUUUAAAAGGUCUGAAAUAUGUGAGAGGGUAUAUCGAUGACAUCAUCAUAGGUGGUAGCACGCUAGAUGAUUGUAAGGCAAAUCUGAUUGAGGUUUUACGAAGGUUCAAUCAGUUAAACGUUAAAGUGCGUAUCGACAAGUGUCAAUUUUUUAAAUCAUCGGUCGAGUAUCUGGGCCAUGAGAUUAAUGGCGAUGGAAUUCAUCCAAAGGCUAAUAUGAUGAAGGCAAUAGUAAACGCUCCUGCUCCCGUUGAUGUUUCUUCGUUAAAAGCAUACUUGGGUUUGUUAAAUUUGUAUAAUAAAUUCAUUCCGAAUCUUUCUGCUCGAUUAGCACCCUUGUAUGAACUGUUAAAGAAAGAGAAAUCUUUUGAUUGGAAUCAAGAUUGCGAAAAGGUUUUUAACGAGAGUAAAUUUUGGUUAUAUGAUAAUAAUAUGUUAGUACACUACUCGCCAGAUAAAGCUCUAGGUAUUGUUUGUGACGCCAGCUCAUAUGGUGUUGGUGGGGUAUUAUUUCACAUAGAGAAAAAUGGUGAAGAACGUCCUAUAAUGUUCGUGUCUAGCACUUUAUCGAAUGCUGAGAAAAAUUAUUCUCAAAUAGAGCGUGAGCUCUCGCGUGACCAUAAGCCCCUAGAGAACAUUUUUGGUGAAAAAAAGAAUAAUGCCAUAGCUGCCGCAAGAUUGCAACGAUGGGCUCUGAUACUAUCACAGUACGAUUAUAAGAUAGUUUAUAGAAAAGGAAGCGCUAUGAAUAACGCUGAUGCUUUAUCACGUUUGCCCGUGAGCGAGCCAACUGAUGUGUCUAGUUGCAUGAUAAAUUUUUUUAAUAUAGCGGGUAAUUUACCCUUGAAUGCAAAUGACAUUGCAACAGAAACAUCGAAAGACGAUACUUUGAGCAAAGUUAUUUCUUUUGUAAAUUCAGAAUGGCCAGCUUAUUUUGAAAACAAGUUGUUGCAAAAACUAAGUAGUAGAAAAUUAGAAUUUUCUAUUUCGGAUGAGGGAUGUUUAUUGUUAGGUUGUCGAGUAGUUAUUCCAAAUUCAUUGAAAGGAAAAAUGCUAGAACUCUUACAUGAAGGACACUUGGGUGUUGUCCGCAUGAAAGAGCUCUCCCGAGGUACAAUGUGGUGGUUAAAUUUAGAUCGUGACAUUGAGCACUAUGUCCGAACGUGUGAUGCGUGUCAGCAGGAAAGUAAAAGACCUGGAUUUGUUCCGUUGUCAUCUUGGCCAGUUACUUCUUUUAUUAAGCAAGUACUGUGA